AACAGCUCAGGACCUUUCAGAGAAAAAGAAAAAUGCAAAAAAUGCGGCUUCUAUUGCGGCACCAACUGCCUUUGCGAGGUCCUUUAUAUUACAAGGUCUUGCAUUAUUUUAUAGGACUCCAAUAAAAUUAUUUAGGCCACUUAGAGUUGAUUAUUUACUAAUGGCCCGAGCAGUUAUGCCACCUAUUCAAGAUAAGAAAUUUUCAUUUCAUUCAACAAGUCUCGGCAUGAUAACUCACGCAGUCAAACAACACGGUUUCAUAUUUAUCCCACGUCAUAUAUUACCACCAUUGGUAGCAAAUUCAAUGAUAGGCGCAGUAUUAUUUACAACAUAUAUUACAGUUCUAUCGCAAUUCCAUGGAACUUCUUCAUUUCUCGAAUCGAAAUAUAAUCAUAUUUUACAAACACCACCUCCAUUUGCGGCUGUAUUUAUUUCUGGAGCUAUUGCGGGAGCCGCACAGUCUUUAGUUGCUGCACCAUUAGACUCUUUAAAGGUUAGAUUUGAAGUAAACGAUUUAUUGGAGGGAAAACAUAAAAGUAUGUUUGAUUUUGCUAGAAAUACUUGGAGGGAAUUGGGAAUUGCAAGUAUUUAUCGUGGAAUUGGAUUGACAUUGAUUAAGGAUUCAAUGUCUUGUGGAUUGUUUUUUGGAGUUUUUGAAUUUGUUAAACAGCAAUUUUACAGAGCAUUUAUCAAAGAAAUGGAUGAUUUUCACGAAAAUUCUUCAAAAAAAUUUCAAUUUAUUGAACCAGCUUUUGUUUUGGCAGCUGGUGGAAUGGCAGCAAUAUCAUAUCAUUUUGUUGAUUAUCCAUUAGAUAAGAUUAGAAAUAUAUUUCUUAUAGAAGAAGCUCAAUCUGAAUAUCAGCAUGAACAAAGGCCACGUUUAUAUAAAGACACAUGGGAACAAUGUAAAUUGAGAAUUAAGAGAAAGGGAGUAAUCAGAUUUUUGUACGGUGAUUUUGGCGCUACAAUUUUGAGAGCUGUUCCUGCUACUAGCGUUGGUUUCUUGCAAAAUUUUCACCGUUCAACAUUUCCUUCAAUAAGAAAAUAUGCGUUAGACACUCGACAAUAUAAAAAUAAACUUGCGUCUUAUAAAAAUUCGUUAUUUCAAAGAACAUAUCGAAAGCGCGUAACGCCUUCUAUUUGGAAACCUGUUUUAUUUGCAUUAAUGGCUUCGGGUUCGACAUUUGCUAUAGCAACCAAUAUUUCCGCAAAAAAAAUAAAAGCUCGUAGAAAUAUGUAUCAUUAUUAUAAUAGCAAUGAUCCAAAUGCUGGAGAUAUAGUAACUUACAGGGAACCAUGGAUCAAAGGAAUAUUUCAUCGAUCAAUUCAAAAAAUUGAAGAUUCUCAACUAUAUAAAGACUUGUGCAGUAAUUGGGCAUUUAUGAUCAAAAGAUGGAAUUCGAUGAGUGAUAGUACAAAAACUGUUGCAGUUUUAAUUGGAAUUAACACAAUUAUCUUCGGAAUGUGGCAAAUUCCACCUUUACGAAUAGUUAUGAAUAGAUAUUUUGUUCAUAAUCCGCUUUCUGGACGGUCAUUUACAUUGAUAACGUCAAUGUUUAGUCAUGAAGCUUUUUGGCAUUAUGGUUUUAAUAUGUUGGCACUUUAUUCUUUUGGAGAUUUGAUUUAUCACAUUUUUGGAAAAGAACAAUUUCUCGCGUUUUACCUCUCUUCUGGAAUGAUCGCAUCUUGUAUGAGCCAUGUCUUUUCCUUAAGGUUUAAAGGUUAUCAUAACGUAAUGCCAUCUUUAGGAGCUUCUGGUGCCAUUUUUGCGUGUCUCGCUGCCUGUGCAAUUCAAUACCCUGAUUCUUCUGUAUAUUUGAUAUUUUUGCCAUUUUUCCCUAUUAAGAUCAGUUAUGCGCUUCCCGCUAUAAUGGCAUUUGAUUUAUGGGGAAUCUUUUCUGGGAUGACAAUUUUUGAUCAUUUUGCUCAUUUAGCGGGCGCUAUUUUUGGUCUAAUUUACACAAAAUUUGGACAGGAACAAUAUUGGAAAUCGGUUGAAAAGAUAUAA